AUGGAACCAGUUUUGUCAGGCUCAUUGGAACUGUCUCCCAAUCUCAGGAGUCAACCAUCUGUGCCAUGGAAACCUAGUUCCUUGUCUCAGAUGAGAAAGGCAGCAGACAUCACCAGAAAUACAUAUGCUCUGAAGAAUCUUGGUGUUAAAGCUUUAGAAUCAAUGUCUCUGCAACUGAGGUAUCUGGUGCUAGUGCUGAUCCUAAACCUUUGGAGUUCAUGCAUUUCAGCAGAAACACUUCCUGAUGAAGGUCUGUUAUAUGCUAUUUCUUUGAUUCCCAGGUCUUCAUUUUCUCUGAUUGAAGAUUCAGUCCACUCAGCAGAUCUUACCUACUGUAAUUCCAUCGUCGAUGGUGCCAGGGACCUCUCAUUCAAUCCAGGAUUGGGUGGACCAAUUCCCAGAACCAUCGGGAACUUGGUGAAGCUGAGAAGAUUCUUCAGUGGCUUCAUUCCACCGGAGUUGGGAAAGCUUUCACGUCUGGCAUUUCUAUCUCUGAACUCCAACAAGUUACGUGGAUCCAUUCCUGGAGAGCUCGGGAAUCUGUCAUCGUUGAUCUGGUUUGAUAUCACAGACAACGAGAUCUCUGGUUCUAUCCCUGUCUCCGAUGGCACAAACCUUGGCCUGGACAUGCUCAAGAAAUGCCAGCAUUU